GCUGCGCCAUCUACGUUAAAUUUUGGCACAUGCAACAUGGCUGGGGAAGGGGAGAGCGUGACUGAUGUGGCACAAUCUGGACAAAACCCGACGUUUACUCUUGAGGUCCUGAGUAUCAUCAAAGAAUCCCAAUUACAACAUGGAUUGCGACAUGGUGAUUACCAGAGAUACAGGAGCUACUGUUCCAGAAGAUUGAGACGGGUCCGAAAGUCCUUAAAGUUUUCAUAUGGAAAUAGGAACAAAUUUGUGAAAAGGCAAAUCAAAGAUGAUAUUGUCACAGAUGUCAGGUUUCUGUAUCUCCCACUGGUGUGUGCUGAGAGGGCGUGGGCCUAUGCCAUGCAACUCAAGACGGAAGGCAACACGGAACCUAGGAAGAGAUUCCAUGUCAUGUCUAGACUUAGGAAGGCUGUCAAGUUUGCUUCCGAGCUGGAGGCACUCUCUCAGAGUGACAAAUGCGAUGCAAGGUCCAAGCUUGAGGCCAAGGCUUACUUUGGAUGGAUGAAGGGGAUGCUGUUGUUUGAAGAAGAGAAGUGGGAUAACUGCAUAGAGACUUUAAGUGAAGCCAAGACCAUUUAUGAAAAAUUGGCAAGCGCCCUCAACGAAGAGCAGCGUGCAGUUUAUCUUCAGCGUGUCGAGGAGAUCUCGCCCAGUAUACGAUACUGUGCAUACAACAUAGGAGAUGAGAGCGCCAUCAAUGAUUUGGUGCAGAUGAGGUUGAAGUCCGGUGGUCAAAUGUCAACUAAUAUAGAUAGUCUUCUUGCCCAAACCCGAGAGAAACAAGCAGCAACCCUUAGCGAGGUCACCUGGAGAGGGCGUACUGUACCUGUUAGGAACGAGCAAGUCCGAGCAUUCCUUCUUACGUGCCAAGAGAACGAGCAGCAGGUGGCGUCCGAGCUGAUGGAUUCUGAGAGCAAGGUCUCCGUCUACGAGAGUCUACUGAUGCAAUGUAAAGAUUCUCUGCAGAUUAUACGGGAAGAGCUCAAAGCAGAUCCAAGUGCUAAAUCCAAAGGCCAGCGACAGGACGGCCCUGUAUCCACCACCCAAUACUUGCAUACAUACCUCACUUACAUCCGGCUUACCAGUACGAUAGAGCGCAACAUCCUCCUGGCUGACGCCCUCAAGGCCAACCUACAAACAAGGGAGGACGGAGAACAGGAGAGCUCCAACCAGAAACGAACCAAACCUCAAGAUCUUAUUAGGUUAUAUGAUAUUAUAUUACAGAAUCUAUCAGAAAUUCCGCAACUGCCUGGCUUAGAAGGUGAUGUAGAUUUGCAACAAGAGGUAGAAGCUAAAACAUUAAAAUUCAAGGCAUAUAGGUGUUUUUACCUGGCCCAGUCGUAUAGUCAAGCCAAGAAAUGGACAGAAGCAGCGGCUUUGUUUGAGAGGGCCAUGUCAAGAGCUGAGUCUUCCAAGAAAGAAUGGAGAGCAAUCAAAUCAAGACCUGUCAAGAUGCAAUUGACUGAACUAGAUGAGCUAAUAAAACAGAUAAAUGGUGUCAAGUACUCAGCACAUGCUGCUUCUAUAUUAGAUUCCUCUGAGGUCAGCGAGAGCAUGGCCAAGCUCAGCAUCGCUGCUUCGUCAUCUUCCGACACCUCGGCACCAAUCAGUGAGCGACUCGGCGACUACCGCUCGGCCUCUGAGGUGGACCCUGCCAAGCCUAACCUCGUGGCCUUCCCGCCAGCCUUCAAACCUGUCCCAUGCAAGCCUCUCUUCUUUGACAUAGCUCUUAACCAUCUAGAAUUCCCGUCGUUGGAGGAGAAGCUGGAGACCAAGAAGGCUGCCAAUGCCAGAGGUGGUAUCGGAGGCUUCCUCUCUGGCUGGUGGGGUGGGGGUAAGAAAUGAGGAUAGUUAGAAAGAAAUCAUAUAUUGUCACUGGGGUAUUUAACCUCAUAUCUUGAAAUUAAAACAGUUGAGGGCAGCCCAGAAAAGGCUGUAUUCAAGAAAUAUGGCAAUUGUCACAAUCACAACUUUGUGAUUUGGGGCCAUAUUGUCCGAAAACAGUCUCCUAAUUCAUGUAGAGAAGUCUUUUCUGCAAAAGAAGGUGGCUCAUAGCUCCAACAUCAAGCUUUUUCUGAGUUUUCCUAAAACUAGUUUCAGUUUUGAGAAUCAAGGUUUCAAUGGCCCAAUGACAAUAUAAUAUUUAUCUCAAUAGGACUAGAUCUUCAGGGUUUUUAUCUCUCAUUUUCCUUUAGAAUUCAUUUCUUUGUGCGGUUAUUAGGCCAUCCCUUUGAAUUUUAUCUACAAGAUUAUAGAGAGAGAAUCAUGGGAGCAUUUUAUAUAAAAUAAGGAGUUGGUAAUUGAAAGCUACCAAAAUCCUUGCAUCUGAUUGGCUCAGAGCGAAUCCGUCAGUGAAAUUCACUAACUUUUUUUCCCCAUGAAACGUAGCCCCACCAAACCUCUGGGUCUGGAAACUCAUCACAACUUAACAUGACUGUGCAACACAUAUUUAGAUGACAACAGAACUAUUUUGAAAAGUCAUCAGUAUAUAUUCUCUUUGUUCCUUUCAUUGAUUUUUGUCUAGUGGUGCUCUUUUCUUAUCUGUUGAAUGUUGCAUGUUAAUGAAGGAAAUAACUGCACUGUAAAUUGCAGAAUCUAGUUCAUUUUGUUUUUAUUUUGUUUGAGAAGGUAAAGUAUAUACCAUCCAUGAUUCUACAAUGGCUUGU